UGACCACUUGAUGGCAUUGAUCCCAACGCACGCUUCAGAGAAAUACGCGACCAGAGGCAAAGUAACGUUCUGGUUUCUUUGUUCACUUCGAAAAGAGAAUGGACUAUUUCUUGGCAUCCAUUUGAAAGGACCGUACGCAAGCAAGCCAUCCCUUUUAAGGCACAGUAAGGUGAUAUUCAGUGACUUUACUUGCACUUGGAAUCACCAUUCGGAGAAAAAAAAUGAUGACCACUAGGGAUAAAUGGAGGGUUUACAAGCGGAUAUGUGUCGUGUUCUUUCUGGCUGCGGUGACAUUYACGGUGGUCCAGAGAGGGGCUCCCUUCCAAAUUGAGAGGCAGGGUCGCAUGGAGGCCCCCUCCGAGGGAGGGGAGAACAGGGCCCAGCAGCAGAAUACGGGCCUCUACCCAGGGACCAACACCUUCUGGAAGGCUAGCAAGGCCAAACAAGCCAAGUCUACAGCCACCGCCACUGGCACCACGGAGGAGCCCAGCAUCACCCAGGAGCGAGCUGGCUCCCGGACCUGGGACGUGUCCAGUGCCAACUGCAGUGCCAACCUCAACUUCACCAACCAGGACUGGUUCAGGGGCUUGGAGGAGAACUUUAAGCAGUUCCUCCUGUACCGCCACUGCCGCUUCUUCCCCAUGCUCAUCAACCAUCCGGAGAAGUGCUCCGGGGAGACCUACCUGCUCAUGGUCAUCAAGUCCAUCGCUACGCAGCACGACCGCCGCGAGGUGAUCCGCAAGACGUGGGGCAAGGAGCAGGUUGUUGACGGCAAGAAGGUGAAGACGGUGUUCUUGCUGGGGACGUCGUCCAAUGAGGCUGAGAAGGCCAACCAUCAGAAGCUCCUGGAGUACGAAGACUACAUCUACAGAGAUAUCCUCCAAUGGGACUUCCAGGACAGCUUCUUCAACCUGACCCUCAAGGAGACCCACUUCCUUAAGUGGUUCUCCACCUACUGUGCCGACGUGCGCUAUGUCUUCAAGGGCGACGACGACGUCUUCGUCAGUGUGGAGAACAUCUUUGAGUACCUGGAGGCCAGCGCCCAGGUCAAGAACCUCUUCGUUGGUGACGUGCUCUUCAAGGCCAAGCCCAUUCGCAGGAAGGAGAACAAGUACUACAUCCCACAACCACUUUACAACAAGACCCACUACCCUCCAUACGCCGGAGGCGGUGGGUUCCUCAUGGACGCACCCCUGGCCAGGAGGCUCUACUGGGCCUCAGACUCUCUGGAGCUGUACCCCAUCGAUGAUGUGUUCCUGGGCAUGUGUCUGGAGGUGCUGCAGGUCACGCCCAUCAAGCACAAUGCUUUUAAGACAUUUGGUCUGGUCAAGAACAAGGACAGCAAGCUCAACCAAGAACCUUGUUUCUUUAAGAGCAUGAUCGUGGUCCACAAGCUGCUACCAUCAGAGCUCAUACACAUGUGGAACCUGGUGAACAGUAAUCUCAUCUGCUCGCAGAAAGUGGAGAUCUUAUAGCCUGGUGAGAACACUUAACUAGGCGAGGGGAGAAGAGUUAGGAUGUGUGAGCAGGCCGGGAGGCAGAUGUUGACAUCCAAUCCAAGUUCUCCUUUGUUCAUAGUAGGACCCAGACAAUAUUUGAUUUAUUACAUUUUAGCAGACAUUCUUAUCCAGAGCAAUUAGGGUUAAAUGCCUUGCUCACAUCGGCAGAUUUUUCACCUA